ACAGCGUGUGACCCUGGCUGCAUGUGUACGCACCAGCAAGUCACGCCCCCUUGCCUCUGGCUUUCGUGUGAAAAAAAAACAACCCCAUAAGCAUUGCUUAUGACAUUUCGCAGAGCGGCACGACGGGAAAUGAAUCACACAAGCAAGGCAGAGAGAUACAGAUGAUUACCAGCGAUUAAAUCCGAGGUGUCGAUGAAUUAAUUCGACGCCCGCGUGUAGUUCCUGGCCCCUACCUUCACUCAUCCUGUUGACCAUCAGCGCGAGCACGCACGCUCACCCGAAUAACUUACAUCGAGAAUAAUUGUCAAGACUUCAAACCAUUCACUGACAAAGGCGGAUUUCAUUGAAAAUGUCGGCGAUUUAAAGACGUCCAAAGACAGAGAAUAAAGUACAUUUUCCUGGGACUUAGCAAGCUUGGCACCACUGCCUACAGCUGUGACAUCAUCACCAAACAGGAAGAUGCGGAUGAGACGCCUAUCGCUGUUAAGUGGCUUUUGUUGAGCAUAUAACGUCUCCUGCAUGUGCACACAGCGCGUGCAACCGCGCAGUUCAAACGCUGAUAGAAGCAAGGAGAGUGUCUGGACCACUGCCUCCAUCAUCUCUAGCCCAGGAAGCAUUCGUCGACCACAGGCUGUGACUGACCAACGACCACAUCGCGGAAGAGUAUAUCUAUCCUGCCCUCGAAUACUCCCCAGCAGUAAAGAGUGACCGAAAAUGUGCGUGUCACCUCAAAGUUAAUCGUAAAAGAUCGGCUCAAGAGGACUGACUGGAAGUACCUUCAUUUUAAUCGUCUUUCUUUUUCAACGCUGUUGUCAUGGCAGCCACAAAACGUCACAGCAAGAGUGACGGCACGGUUGUGCGGGCGAGUGUGAAAGUGGCUGUAGCUGUGGUCGGCGAUACUGGUGUAGGUAAAACCUGCAUGCUGCUGGCCUACCUUACAGGUAGAUUUCCGUCCAAUUGUCCAGAGGGAUCCGUUGACUGGCAUUCAGAGUUCGAUCACCUGACACGACACCCAGUGCAGGUGGUAAUUGGUGACGUGGAGGUCAACAUCACCCUCGUCGAUACCGUAGGCCUGGAUGAAUACCAGAAGCUGCGUGCUGUAGUGUGCGCCUCGGCGGAUGUCUACCUCGUCUGCUUCGACGUCACCAAGCCGGCAACGCUGGAGCGCGUGCGCCACCACUGGAUACCGGAAAUCCGCGAGUACAACAGCGUGGCGCCGUUCGUGCUGGUGGCCACCAAGUGUGACGAGCGCAUUGCGGCGCAGAUCGAGGGCCGGUCGUCCCGCGACACAGUAUCCUUUUCUCAGGCCAGGUCGGCGGGGCAGGAGCUGGGGGCCAUCACAUACUGCGAGUGCUCGGCCCGCAACCUCACCGGCUUAAAGAAAAUUUUCGAGGAAGCGGCGGCAGCGGGUCUGAAGAAAGCCUACCCAGACGGCAUGGACAAAAAGAACGGUUGCGUGCUGGCAUAAAUGCACUCCUCACUGGUGUGUGUAUGCACGUACACGAAAACGUGUAUUGUGCCAACUUUUUAGGAUUUUAUUAUUAUGUUAACUAAUCGUCCGUUCCCACCCACCUCUCCCCAACUCUGGAGAAAACUGUUUGCUAGUGGUGGGACAGAAGCACUCAUGUUGAAUCAUGUGUGAGGUUUCGUCCUAGCCUGUUGAAUUUGUUUUAUUUUUAUUUGUUUUUCCUUUGCGCAGUGUUAUGCAAAUGUAAGACUGACACAAUAUCACGAGACAGCACAGCAUAACAAGAAACUGCUUAAUAUUAAGCCAUGUGACGAUCACCUAGUUUGUGCUGAUAAAUGUUAUGUUAAAUUGUAGAAUUGUCGCGAGGCGCUUGUGCCAAAUUCUACUUAAUUAUCGUCGUGAAUGAAAUGUGUAAAGCUCUCUUAAAGCUCAAGUGAAAUACAAAUAUCAAACUGUAUUUUACACAUCGCUAUGUCGGCUUUCGGAGAGGAAAACCUGUCUACAGAGAGGAUCAAUGAACCUAAAACCUUUGGUUGUAUUUUUAAAGUUUAAUUCAAGAUUUUUCCCGUUUGUACAGUCAGCACGUCGCAAGUUUUAUAUGAUAAAUAUUUCAUCUUGCAAGCAAUAGCCAAAGUUCACAGCAGCACGAUCAACUUUGAGAACUUCGGGUAAAGGGAAACAACUUCAUCAACAAAGGGCGCGGUAAUCAGUUCAUUGCGAUUAUCUAUCGCUCUACACACUUCGCCUGCAAAAAUUGCGUUUAAUUUAUCUCGAUACUUUGGAAAAUUAAAAUGUUCGGUUGCCUGGACCAUAGAAAAAUACGUACGAUGAACAAACGCAUGGUUAUCUUGAGACAAAGCUUAUCUACUGAAAGGACGGACUGGCUGUGCUCGUGCUGAUUCUAACCUUUCAGUUGAUUCCAUUUAUCGCUUUACUGACCUUUAUUUCUUAAAACUUAUCAUGCUAAGAAUAUUUCAAAUAUGAAUUGUUAGUAUAAAAUUGUAUGUAAAAUAACUUUUCAUUCUUUUAAUUGCAUUAAAUAAUCGUAACACGGAUCAUGUGACAUGAAUGGGAUGCUCAGAAUUAGAAAAGAACGUGGAUUUAACGUUUUUCCAGUAAAAAUAAGCGUUAACGGUC